CGCUCCGUUAGGCAGACUUCAACUGUACAGUUGUCCAGAGAAACAUCAACCUCCAGCACCACACCACACUCGCUAUCAUGGAACGAAUGAGUAUCUAGGCAGUUGUGACUCUUUCACCGGUCUCGGCGAACCUACGUAUCUGCUGCCUGGACACGAGACUAGCAGGUUGAAUAUGACUCUCACUGGUCUGCAAGUGCUCCGCCUCACGCUUCUCCGCUAUAGCAGAAGCAUGAAAUCCACAGGACAUACACUGUCGGCCGGAGUCGACAUCAAGAACUGGCCACCAGCAUAGCCCAGGCCAAUACUACAAACGGUUUGGUCGUCACAAGAUAGGUAGCAAAUCUUCCCAAAAAAUGACUUCUGGGCCAAGGCAGACUUUUACACAUAUGAUACACCUUCAAAGGUCAAGACAUAUAGCAAUGUCCCCCCCUCGACCUCAAUGCUAGCCAUCAACUCACACUUGGGUGCCUUAUUCAGACCUUACCCUUCUACUAUACUGACCAUGACCAAGAAAUUCCAGGCAAAGCUAUGGGGUUCGACCUCAAAAAAGGAACCUGACUGUGACACUGCCAUGGUUGACACUGUGAAGGCUGAAGAUGCAGAUGCACUUCCUAUUCGACUACGCCUCCCGCCUGAAGAAGAACAAGACGCCUCUUUGAGAAUCAAUUCAGUCCUUUCCCGAGAUUCUUUUGUCGUUUCGGUUGACCUACUCAAGCAACCACGUGAUGGCCUCGUCCGCAGCAAUUGUGAUAUUGUCCUGGUCAUUGAUGUAUCCGGGAGCAUGGCAGCUCCUGCUCCAUUGCCAGGAGCCCAGGACGGGACCGAUGCUGAAGACACUGGGCUCAGCAUCCUCGACCUCACUAAACACGCUGCGAGAACUAUUCUCUCCACCCUCAAAGCUAAGGACAGACUGGGUAUUGUAGCCUAUUCUACCGAUGCCAAGGUUGUAGAGAAAUUGACAUUCAUGACGCCACAAGCGAAAGACAGGACAAUGAAGAAGAUUGAAGCUCUGUAUGAAGAGACUGCCACAAACUUGUGGUCAGGUAUACGUACAGGGUGGAGCCUCUUUAAAGAGUCCAAGCCCGUCAACAAUGUUCAAGGCAUGUUUGUACUGACCGAUGGAAUGCCCAACCACAUGUGUCCCAGGCAAGGGUAUGCGACAAAAAUCCAGGAGAUGCUGGCAAAGACCGCACUCAAUCGAGUUUGUCUUCCGACAAUUCAUACCUUUGGUUUCGGCUACGAGAUGCGGUCUGAAUUGAUGACCACCAUUGCUGAGGUGGGCAACGGCAGUUAUGCUUUUAUUCCUGACGCGGGCAUGAUUGGUACGGUUUUCGUACAUGCGGUCGCCAAUCUAUACUGCACGUUUGCCACUUGCGCAGUGCUUGAGCUGUUGUGCGUCAACAAAUCGAAUUCGCAACCUGUCGCCAUUCGUGGUCCCACCAGCAUGAGCACCAACCCUGCCCAAAAUCAUGUCAUGAUAAAACUUGGUAAUCUCCAAUAUGGCCAGUCUCGCGAUAUCUGGAUUGAAAGUGAUCAACUACCGCGAAACUUUGAACUGAGCGCUCAACUCACAUACCGCCUACCCAACGAAAGCGAACAAGUAUGUCACACCAGCAUCGGCCGCCUGCACAAGGCAGAAGAACCUCAAGAAUGGACAGAGUAUCAUCGAUACCGUGCCCAGCUCUGCGACUUUAUUUCCUCGCUAUUUCCGUACAAAAAGAACGGCGAGCGGACGGAAUGCAAGAAUAGGAGCCUACCAAAGGAGGUCGGUGUCCGCCUCGAAUCAUUGAUCAAGGACAUUACAUCGUGCCAGCACAAAGGCCCAGGUGUUGAGUCACUGAUUGCCGAGUUGGUCGGGGAAGAACCAGCAGGCCAAAUAUCUCUUGCACUCAGUUCAACCAAGGAGGAGAACUACUGGAGAAAAUGGGGUCGACACUAUCUCCCGAGUCUUAUGCACGCCCACCAACGGCAAGUUUGCAACACGUUCAAAGAUCCAGGACCACUUCUUUACGGUCAAAAGAGCCCGCUUUUUAUCCAAUGCAGAGACGAGCUUGAUAAUGCUUUUGACAAUCUGCCUCCACCAAAGGCAAGUAUUCCUCCUGCAAUGGUUGCAACCUACGAUCUUCAUGGCAACAUGAUGAUGGUUCCUGGACAGCCCCGUCAGACUGUGCAUAUGAGCAGGUGGAAUUCGUCCAGUAACCCUUGUUUCGCCGGCACCUGCAAGGUCAGACUGGGAGAUGGACAACGAGUGGCAGUCAAGAGUCUCAAAAAAGGGAUGAUGGUCUGGACACCAGCGGGAGAAAGACAGAUCCUCGCGAUAGUCAAGACUCGAGUUCAAGGCCGUGGGCAGAGUGUGUGCAGAGUUGGCGAUCUUCUCAUCACCCCAUGGCAUCCUAUCAAUUUUGAAGGAGAAUGGAGGUUUCCAGUCGAAGUGGCUGACGUCUCCCUUGGAUUCACAGGCAGUGUCUACUCGGUGGUUCUCACUGCUUCUGUCAACCCAGACGCACAUGCGAUUGAAGUGGGCGGACAUGUCUGCGUUACUUUGGGCCAUGGGAUUGUGCGUGGUGAUGAAGAUGAUGUGCGCUCUCACGCGUUCUUUGGAAAUCAUUCAAAGGUGAUGAAGAGCCUGUCCAGACUCGCUGUUGACCACAAGGGUCAUAUACGGUGCGUUGGAUUACAGAGACGAAGCAAGGAUGGCCUAGCGAGUGGAUUUUUGGGUCCCAGAGUAUUGAAGAGGGAAGUCAGGAAAGUGUCAGGCAUGGAGAGUAGCAGGAUUGAUGAGCGAGGUGCUGUCAUGACUUUCUAGUCCAAGUCGGGGAUUUACCUAUCAUAAUAAUACGCAUCUCAGUUGAUCAAUACACUCGGAGUAUAC